GUUUUCAAAUGGAAUAGCCGCCGUGGUGGUACAAUCCAACGAGCAGUACACCGGCGCCAAAGCAGGUAACCAACUGUAAAGAAAUGUUGGAUGGUCGUGUUCAAGUGCAAUGGCAACUACAGGGUGAGGAUGUACAGAUUCGGAUCUCAGGACGUAUCGAAGAGGAUCAGUACGUGGCAUUCGGAUUGUCAGGUCGGGAUGGUAAGGCCGAGAUGAUCGGCGGUGACGUCGUCGUGAUCGGAUACAAUAAUAAAACUGGCAAGUUCAUCGCCGAGGAUUACUAUAUGACGGACAUAUCUCAGUGCGAUGGCAAGAGGGGUGUAUGCCCGGAUCAAAGGAUCGGUGGGAGGAAUGACGCAAUACUUGUUCAUGGGGAAAGACAGAAUGGUAUUACAACAGUCACGUAUACACGCCCACUGAGGACUAAUGAACCAGAGAAGGACAGGAUGAUUCCGGAAAGGGAAACAAGCGUGAUUGCUGCCAUCGGAUCUUUAAAUGCGCGAGGCGAAGCUAAUGCUCAUGAGAGAUUCGAUAAGACCACUGAGGAUAUUCGUAUCGAUUUUACGUCAAGAAAUGUUCACGAAUGUACAAAUUCCUUGUACAAUAUUCCGAUCACGUCUGAUCUUGAACCAUGGACACCGGCUGUCAUCAAUGAUAAGAAUAUUUUGAGUGCAAGAAUUGGACCGACUGGUGCAAAAAGAGGAUACUCACGAAUCACAGGUACACCUUCUUGGGGCAUCGCAUGGUACAUCAAUGAUUUACUAAUUCCGGAGAUAACCGUUGAGCGAGGAAAAACUUAUACCUUCAUCGUGGAGGGUGGGAACGAUCCUACCAAUCCCGCUAAGUAUCAUCCAUUCUAUAUAACUGACAGUUCGGAGGGUGGUCUCGGACAAAAUAUAGAAAAACAAACGGAGGAAAUGGUAUUUGCUGGAGCAGAGUAUGAUUCCAAUGGAUAUCUUCAGCCAACCGCAGCCGGCCGUUAUUGCGAAUGGACUCGUCUCACAGUGGAUAACGCAGAUAAUUACAAGACAUUCAAGAGCUUCUUCGAAACACUUGAACUUAAAUGCAACAAGGGCGAGCCUGCCAAGCUUGUAUGGACUGUGAAACAGGAUACGCCGGACUUAGUCUAUUAUCAGUGUUUCACGCACAAACAUCUAGGCUGGAAGAUUCAUGUUGUUGAUCCGGGACGGUCGCAGAGAAACAUUAACGGCAUCAGUCAAGUUCUGCCUACGUUUACGACGUUUGUGGCGUUUAUUAUCGCACUUUUAUUCUCGAGAUGAAUCAUUGCGUUUCCUUCUUUUAAUGUGGAACAAACAAAAUAGAAGACAAAGAUGACGACGAAAACUGAUCGAUUUAAUAUAAUUAUGAA